GGAGCGCUCCGGCCGCCGGUGCCGCCCGCGCUGCCCGCCCGCUCUCCCGCACUCCCUCCCUCCCUCCCGCCUGCCGCUGCCCGGCCACCGGCCGUCACCGCGCAGCGCCCGCACCCUCUGCCGCGCCGGCUCCUGCCCCGCCAUGAAGUUGAGCAGCCGGGGCCGGGGAUGCUGCGUGGGCGGCAGCCGGGAGCGCGGGCCGCCGCCGCGGAGCCCCUUCGUGCACCAGCUGCGCUUCAGCCCCCUGGAGAAAGCCAAGAUUGCCUUCAUGACCUUGACUCUGUUUCCUAUCCGACUCUUUUUUGCUGCUUUUAUGAUGUUGCUGGCCUGGCCUUUUGCAUUCAUUGCUUCAAUGGGAUCUGAUGAGCAAGAGCUUGAAAAGCCCCUCUCCUGGUGGCGAAAGAUAGUGGAUGUUUUGCUGAAAGCAAUCAUGAGAAUGAUGUGGCUUGCUGGUGGAUUCCACUGGAUAAAUGUUAAAGGCAGACGGGCAUUGCCAGCGGAAGCAGCAAUAUUAACUGUGGCUCCCCAUUCUUCCUACUUUGAUGCCAUUCCAGUAACUAUGACCUUCGCCUCCAUUGUGAUGAAAGCAGAAAGCAAAGAUAUUCCUGUUUGGGGAACUCUAAUCAAAUACAUCCGACCAGUAUUUGUGUCUCGGUCAGACCAGGAUUCUCGCAGGAAAACUGUUGAAGAGAUAAAGAGGCGUGCUCAGUCUGAUGGGAAGUGGCCACAGAUAAUGAUAUUUCCAGAGGGCACUUGCACAAACCGAUCCUGUCUAAUUACAUUCAAACCUGGAGCAUUUAUUCCUGGAGUUCCUGUACAGCCAGUGGUUUUACGUUAUCCAAACAAACUGGACACAAUCACAUGGACAUGGCAAGGGCCAGGAGCGUUUGAAAUUCUGUGGCUUACUUUAUGUCAGUUUCACAAUUCCGUGGAAAUUGAGUUUCUACCUGUGUAUAUUCCUUCAGAAGAAGAAAGAAAAAAUCCAGUGUUAUAUGCCAAUAAUGUCAGACGUGUAAUGGCAGAGGCGUUGGGAGUUCCAGUGACAGACUAUACAUUUGAAGACUGUCAGCUAGCUUUGGCUGAAGGACAACUUCGUCUACCUUCAGAUACAUGUCUUUUAGAAUUUGCAAAGCUUGUGAGAAGCCUUGGGCUGAAGCCAGAAACACUUGAAGAUGAUCUUGAUAAAUAUGCUGCAAGUGCCAUGAAAAUGAAGAAAGAAAAGGUUGAUCUUAAAGAAUUUUCAGCAUACUUGCAAUUUCCGGUUUCUCACACAUUAGAAAGUAUGUUCGCACUUUUUGAUGAGAAUGAAGAUGGUGUAAUUGACAUUCGGGAAUUUGUCAUUGCUCUGUCAGUUGUCUGUAAACCAUCCAAAACUCUGGAAACAAUUCAGUUGGCAUUUCAGUUGUACCAGUCAGAAAGUGGAACUAUAACAGAAGAGGAUUUAGAGCAUAUUCUGAAGACUGCCAUGGGUGUAUCACAGAUUAAUGUUACACAUCUCUUCAGAGCUGUAGAUGAAGAAGAAAAAGGAAAGAUUACAUAUGAUGACUUCUACACAUUUGCUGAGUUGCACCCACACUUUGCAGAAGACUAUCUAUAUGCUGAUCAGAUGGGAGCUGAGAGCAGCUUGGAGACUUCAUCUCUUUCUGCUCCUAAUGGUAUCUGUACUGACUUCAGCCCUGACAACACUGAAGAUAAAAUCAAGCCCCUGCAGAAGAAACUGAAUUAACACUGCAACUCUUACCUUCCUCUCCUGGUGAGAGGGUUGUCUUUUCUUGGGAUUUUCAUAAGUCACUCCAAUUAUACAGCAAAUACCAGUUUUGUGUGUGAAAGUUCUUCUACCUUAAUACCAUUCUUUGAAUCAUACGUGCUGUAUUUAACAACAUGUUCCAGGUUACUUUGGGAAAGGUGGUUUUUUUGGUGUUUUUUUUUUUAAAGGUCUUUGAAAGGCAAAAAUGUGAAUGUGCUUCAUUAUUAAUGUUCAUAUUUAAAAGGAAGCGGCACACUUAUUUAUAUUCCAUUGGUUAGUUUUCUGUACAAAGUGUCGCACAAACUGUGCAUGUAAAAAGAAACUGUAGCUACUAUGGUGUUAAGUGCACUUUGGUGAUUAGUGUUUUCCCUAGUUAUGGGGAUGUUUAUUUGGGGCCAAACUUUGCUGUCCAUAUUUGCAUAGCCAGUCCUGUUGACUUCAGUUGGAUUAUUCUCUUAAGCAGAGCAAGCAUAUUUUGGCCCUUUGUUUUGGUUUCAGUGAACAGUUUGGAAACAGUAAUACAAAAACUUGCUAAGGAUUACUUUUUAUUUUUAUUCGUGAAUGACAAAAUUGUUUCUCUUUCAGUCUAUUCCAUGGUAGAAUGAAAAGGAAAGGCUCCUUAUCCCGCACCCCAACACUUUUCUACUGUAAUCUUCCGGAUGCAAUUAAACAUGAAUUUUUUCCAAACUGACAUGCCACAUAACUGUUUGAAAAGACAUGACUAAACUGUGAUUUUUCUCCUAUAAGCAAUUCAAAUCAUGCCCACAUUUUAAUGGGAGAUGUUUAUGCAAUUGUAUUUGAUUUAGAUUUAUUGGGAAUCACAGGUUUCUUUUGCAGCAAGCCUGUACAGAUAACACAGCAUGGAACACAUCAUGAAAACUUCAUUGUACCAGCCCAAGUUUGAAAACGGUUUCAGUUACUUCAGAGGCCAAGCCAGCAACAAGUUGCAGAACAUCCUGAAGAAGUGCUAGUUACAUAUCUAUAGCAACAUUACAUAUACUGCAUAUAAUGUAUAUGAAGCUUAAGAUAGAAAAACCAUCACACUUGUGUUAGUAAUACUUGUUUCCUUUUGUAAAGCCAGAUGCCUUAACUACCGCUGGAGGUCUCAGAGAAAAAUCUAGAUUAUUAUAAAACCACAGCGCUUCACUGAUUAGUAGAUGUGACAAAAGCCUCAAGGAGUAGGAAGGAGGACUGUCACAAAAUAACUGUGAUGGCAACUCUGCUUCCAAACAAACAAAAAAAUCCCUUAAGUAAUUUCUGUGACUAAUUUUGUAGGGCUAUGCUAAAAUGUGAUGGUUUUGGGAAUGGAAAACUGUUGAAAUUUUAAUCUUUCACAUGUUAGAGUAAUUUAAAACUAGAUUUGGAAGGGAUGAAUUUUAGCAGAAGGAAAUCUGUUUGUUCCAAAUGCUUUUAUAACUAUUUUUUAAGUAGCAGGAGGUGUUUUAAAGGUCAUUAGGGUAUUGGCAUCUGUCCUUAGAAAUCCCUAACUGUAUGUGACAAGUCUCCAAACUGGAACUAGCUUUAAUAAAAAGGGUAGGAAGAAAAAAAAGUAAGAAAAUAUGGGAUAUAUGGAGGUAAUUAUGAAAUUUUUGAUUUAUCUAGGUAGCACAUGCCAAGCUGACAGGGCUACAGCAGCAGACUGGCAGACAAGAUUUGAAUUAAAACUGAUCAUGAAAAAUAGCAUAAAUGGUUUUGAAAAAUAAGGCAUCAGAGAAACUACAAUUAAGCAGGAAUAGUCAGCUGCACAGAGGAGGGAGUGGGUAUUAUUGUGUUAUAUCUUGAGGCGGGGAUGGCACAGAGUAUGACAAAGUGGGCAUUGUUAACUGCAGAAAAGAUACUCAUGAUACUGGGGUGCAUCAGCAGUGUAGCCUGUGAGAGGCAUGGUGGUAUUUCUGCAUUACCAAGGUGUGAUAAGGCCUUACCUGAAGUACCUGUCCCAUGUUGGGGCACCUGAGAGUGAUGGGGAGUAGCUGGAUAAAGUCUGGAGGACAGAAAGUACUCAAAACAAGAGGUGAAAAUUAUCCUUUAAGCCAAAGAAGAGAAGACUGGACAAAGAUGUGAAAACCAAUAUGGAUAACGUUGUUAUAAAGAAGAUAGGAAUGUUCUUUUCUCCACAUGGGUGCUAGGUACAGGCUCUUAAUUUAAAAGGCAAGUUAAACAUUAGAAAAAUUUCCUUACAAUACACCUAGUUAAGCUAAGGAGAAUAGGUUAUUCCAGGUGGGGUGAGGAGCCUGCCUUCCUUUACUGGAUGUUUUGACAACAGAAGACAGACAGCUGAGAUGGAGACAUUUGAUUUUGUUGAUCAUGCCCAGGGUCACAGGGAGAUAUCGCUGAGGUCUAUUUUCUGUGAUUAUAUAGUAUGCAUUUAAUUCAGUAUGUAAGGGAAGGCACAUACAGCCUGGGCAUGUUGCAUCUCCUCUGUAAGCCUUUUUAUGGCACGUGGCUCAAGCUGGCUGUCUAAGAUAGUUAUCUUUUGCUUUGAAUGUGAGCUUGGGACUUGAGAAUUUCAGACUGCAGAGGAUGAGAGAGAGUUCCCUGAGACAUGUCUGAAAAGAAGAAAAAGGUAAGCUUAGUAUCCCAUGGACAACCUUGAAGUGAGAGAAGCUCCAGAGGAAGAGAUACUCUGUCCACAUCUGUGAAAGAGCAAAGAAAGAUGAUUGAAGUUGGCUGAAUAUGUGAGUCUAAUUUGCAUAUAUGGUGUGUGUAUCUUGGGGGUCUGUUUUCUGAAAGCCCAUAGGUUCAUUUGGCUUCAUAAUUUUUUUGUGAGGGAGAUGUUUCUUAAUUGUGGUGAGUGUAAUAGCUGUACUUGUAUGCAGCUAAGCUGUACAGAGUGAGUGAAGGGCACUGCAUCCUGUAAUAGAUGGGCCCUUAAACAGAUGCCACAUUGUGUGGUGAAGAGGCACUGAAAGUCCUGUGUGUCUGAGUUCAGACCAGAGCUGCCUGCUGAAGAAGGCCAGUGACCUGCACAUUGUUUGAUUGGUGAGCAAGUACUGUUGGUGGAUGCAAUACUUUAAAAAAAACCAAAACAACAAAUAAACAAAAUAAACAUACAAAAACACAAACAAACACUUAGAUUCUGGAAUUAAUUGUGAUUCUUCCUCUUUUGAGAUAUUAUUGAACAAGGUAGAGAUAUAAAUAGGAUGAAUGAUAGGGUGAAGGAUCAGCCUACAUGGGAACAUAGUUAGAUCACACAUCAUGUCACAAAAAGCUGAGAUCAAUUAAUAUACUUCUGGUAAUUUUAGCACCUGUAGAAUAUUAAGGUAUAAUAUUAGACUGCCUUGUAGUGAGAGCAAAGCCACGUUACCACAGGGUUGUGAACUCAAGCUCUUGAGGGCUGAGACCUGUAGUAACACAUUGCACGACUGCAACUAUAUUCAUUACAACUCAUCUAUCAAACCCUGGAUCCUGAAGUGUUUUAGGAGUUCCCUGUGAGAAGCCUUUUUAAAAGGCUCCUGACUUGGAGCAGCUGGGUUGUGACAGUCAAGUCUUACUGACUUGCUGCAAAGUCAGGGUCGAAGUAAAAACUUCCUUUACCCUUCACCACACAUUUACAUGUGAAUACUUUCCAUUAAAAAUGGAAAAUGCAGGGAUGUGAAGGCGUUUGAUGUUUCUGAUGAGCAUUUUUCUCCUGUUAUGUAAUGCCAUCCCUUGCCAGAAGAGCUCUUGCAUCAGCCUGAAUUUUUACAUAUUGUAUGAGAUACACAGCCAAAGCUUUGCUAUUCUUGUGUGGCUCAAAAAGUAUACUCUGUAUUUUGAAUAUCUUUCAAGUUACACAGAAAAUCAUGAUAUCCAAGAUACUUGAAGUUUCUGGGGUUUGGUUGGCGUUUUUUUGCUACAUUUAUCUCUCUUCUAACGUAGUGAAACCCCACUAAAGCUGAACAUGUUUAGGAGCUGCAAAGCAUGUUUAAACCACUGUCUCUACCACAGUAUGGCAAGUGUUAUUACAGAUUUUUCAAAGUCCACUGCUGUAAGCAGAUACACAUCAAAGGCUUUGUAGGUAAUUUGUAAGCCUUAUGGAGAAACUAGGCUGUACACUUAAGUUUUAUAUGACUUAAUUACACUGUACAUUUCAAUGCAUUUAUCUUAGCUAGAAUAUUCUUAGCAUGAUAAAUAGUGACGAGGCUUGCUAAUCCCACUUAGAAGGUGUAAAUCCUCAGGCCACUAAGGUUGAAAAGGAGACACGUGUGCAGAAGGGAAGUGAUGCAACCUCCUUAGUGACAAAGCUGCCAGAAAUAAAAAGAACUAAGAUUUGUACAGAGCUCUUGAUUAAUGUUUUCAUGCAAACUGAAUAGCUUUGUUAGCUAGUUUAAGCAUGGGGCUGGUUGGAAUAUUUUUAUAUUCAUAAAAUGUAAACAUUUUUCCAGCAAAAUCAUUGUUGGACUUCAACAUCUGAUAAAUUUUCUAAAGCAGAUGUUGUUUUAUUAAUUCAUGAGUUCCCUGAUAAGACCAUCUUUGAUAUUGCCAUUAAAUUGUUCUUCCUGCUUUUAUAUUACCAUGUGGUAAGUACAACUUCUCGUGUUAACUACUGUAGUCUCUUUCUGCUCUCUGCUCCUUCCAAAAUGGAAUUCCAUUUAAAGAAAAAAAAAAAGGACAAAAAAAACCUCCAACACACCCUGACUUAAAAAAUACUAGUUGCAAAACUAGCAGCACAUGCUGUAGAACCUAUGAUCUCACAGAAAAAACCACACCACCAUAAGCACAGCUUUGCAUAUUGUUAUGGGACUAAACAAGAAUGGAAAAAAACCCCAAAAUUCUGAUUAAAAGCUCUGACCAAGUCAGUUUCAUUCUUUUUUAGGUCAGAGUGUGGGUCAUAAGACCUUCGGAAAUGUUGUGUUUUGCUUAAUGUGAAGCCUCUGGGUUUUCUUCUAGCAGCCCUUUCAUGAGUGCUCCAGAAAUAAGAAAUGACAUAUGUGCUGCCCAAGAGUUCUGUAUUAGCAAAACUGAAGUUCAGCUCCUAAAGCCAUAAUGAGACACAGAAGUUUCUUGUGAACCAAGCAUUUCAGAUACUUUGCUGCAUUUUGAGUAUCUGAACUUCCCCUCAUUUCAAAAAUUUAAAUUACCAAAUUAUUCUGAAUAGAUCAUUACAAAAAAAAAAAAAAAAGGAGGAAAAGUACAAAAUGGAAAGUAGGAAUUUAUCAUCAGUGCCAUUAAUUAAAUCAGUUAUUAUUCAGUCCAGCAAAACUGCAAGAUCUGUUUCACAUAGGAGCAGGAAGGCUGAGAUUGUCACUUAGGUAAUUUUGCUGUCCUGACUAGGUAGAAAUUAAGCCAGCUGGUCUUCAGUCAGAGGAUGAUUUCUUGAAGGUACUGUAGCAUCAUGUAUCCAAGUAAUAUCUUGGUCACCAGCAGUGCAGACAAUGAGAUUUCAUCUUCUUAUCCUGCCUUUUUCCUUUGAAUUUUGAAAAAAAAUAUUCAAACCAUGACAGUAUUCAAACCUUGUAAGAUCUUUAAGGUAAAAUCCUCCAGCACAACCUCAGAGGUGAUCAACAAAGAUGAUCAUUCUGUGCUUAUAGCUACAGCAGUGAACUGGAUAUAUGUGUUAGUCACCAACAUCUUGUGAUCAAAAGAUGCAUAAAUUGUAUAAUAAACCAUGCAUAAAUUAUAUAAAUUAUAUAAUACUGAUAUAAAACUACUGAGAGAUCACAGCAGCAAACAGGUGCCGUUAGAUGUGCUGGGGCUUGAGUCUGUGAGUAUUUCCUGCAUCUCCCACUGCUCAAGUUACAGCAGUUCCUUUCUUUAGGAAAUAUUUCAGGUUUAUUUCAAGCUAAUAAUUACUUUGACUUCUACAAGUGGAGGAGUGAUUUGUUUUGUAGAAAGCAGCUUCUUUUUCCCCAGAUGGUAUGAUGUGAUUUAUCAUGUAUAAUGGGAUUAAACUGAAGUGGGUGAUACCAAGAGAGGAGAGGAUGUAAGAGGCUUAUAAAAUGGAGGGUUUGUGUUUCUGCGAGAUAUGCUAAGACAUUUUUGCAGCAGUUGACACUGCCUAGAUUGUCUUGCAAGAUCGCCAGGCAAAAUAAUUUUACUAGUUGUGUGACAGCAGUGGCUGCUUAUUUUAUUUUCCUUGGAAGAGUGGCAGAGCAGAGCACUCCUGUGCAGGUUGUCUUUGGGAGGCCAUCUGUAACUGAUACUGAUAUAUUUGCAGUUUUCAGAUGAUCAGUCUCUGGGAAGGGAAACGGUAGAAUCACCUUAGCACAGAUUGCACUUGAGUAAUUAACUCCUAAUUAACUUAUCAGUUAGGAGUAUUUCUUUUUAUGAACGUAGUUGUCAUACUGCUUGAUUCUGAGCUAAAUUGCACAGAGCCAGAUGAACAUUAGACCUCAUUUGAGAUUAGUUUGGGGAUCUCAAAAAAAAAGGUGCUGUAUGAUAAUCUGUCAGUAAAAUGUUAAAUUUCAGGUGUUUUUUACUUUGACCAAAAAUGUUAGAUACAAGAGGAAAGUCAUAAUGACUUUUGUAAUACUCUAUUGUUAUACUAUUAAUAGGGUGUUACUUAAGAAUGCCAGUUCUGAGCCAAAGUCAGCUGGAGAAAAAUCAGGCUGAACUUCUGAUCCCAAACCAGCAAGUAGAAAAGCCCAAUCGAGGCUAGCAUGGCAGCAGAGCUUUUACUCUGCAGUGACCUCUUCUGACAGUAAAGAAGGAUCUUUUCUGCGUCUUGGGCUGGUGAAUUCAGUUUACUGUAUCUCUAGUUCUCGCUUGUGCUGUCUGUUCUUUGUAGAGGGAGCCUGAGGGAGACCUUGCUUCCUCUUAAGUGACUUCUCCCUGAGCCACGAGUGGCAGCUGAAUAUUGAAGUCCUGUUCUGCUAAUACCACCCAAAACUGAGGGUCAGUGUACUGUUUUAGCUUGUGCCUGCUGUUAGGUAAAGGAUUGCUUUUUCUUUUCACACACUUCAACCAUUGCAGAUGUGUCCAGGUGACAGCAGGCCUGAAAGAGCUUAUGAGGUUCAUUUUGUUCCUGUGAACAACAAGAAAUCAAAUUUACAAAUACAGUACAAUGAAACCUUAAAUGGGAUUGACUUCUGGCUCGUGGUAACACUUUCAGUGUGAGCCUGUUUACUUCCAAGUUCCAAACACAGAAUCUAUAGAUGUGAUCACAAAGUGUCCUCAUGGAUACUGAAGAAACAUGGAUACUUUUCAUCCUACCAUGGUAUUGGAAAUGAAAUUCAUCUGGCGAUGGGUUGUUUCUAAGUCUAUGAAUGUAUAUGGGGGAAAACCCAAAUACAUAUCUUUUAUUCGCUAUCCAGCAUGAAGACAAUUUUGUAUUUUAAAUGCUAAAGAAAUAAACUUUUAAAGAUCUUUUAUGCCCUAAGUAUAUACAUUUUUUUCUAUGUUUUCUUUUAUAAUGAAGUUCAAGCGAAAUAUUUCUUAUAUUUCAGAAGGGACACUUAGAUUAGCCAGUGCUGUACUUUCCAGGCUACAAGAACAGCUUUAAAGUAAACAUCUAAAAACGAAAUUGUAUUUUUAAAUAUGUGAUUUAGAAUUCCUUUAAGUCAAACAUGUCUCCUUAGCAAUUGUAUAUACUUAGACAAAAAGUGAAACUGUUGCAGCUGCUUGUCUCUCUAGUUGUUUGUGUUUGGUGAUUUGUUUAUAUUGCUUUCUCAAUUGCUCUAAGGGUAUUAAGAGCUCCAUGUAAAUCAGCAAUGUUAGAAAUAGAAGUAAAUUUCUUUAGAAGUGAUAGACUUUGUUUCCUGGAUGAGGACCAAGACUAAGCAUCAGCUAACCUUGUAUUAUGUACUAUAGAACUUCAGUGUUGCAGCGUUGUGCUGAAAGUAUUUGACAUCUGUUCAACGGGACCACUUUCUAAACCUUUUUGUAAUUCCCAGCAUCACUCCAGGUGUGUGAGACAUUUCUAAUUUGAUCAUAAGUACUAGUUCAUCUUUUUGGAAGAAUAAAACUGAGUAAUCAACAAGCUGAGAAAUAAUUCAGAAAAAAAAGUUAUCGAUCUCUUGAAUUAUUGUUGAACUUGCAUUGAGGAUAUCAUUUCUAUAUUUUGGAAAAAAUAUUGCUAUGUUUUUGAAUACACUUGAAACUUUAAAUGCAAAAGCAAAAAAGCUAACCUUAUAAAUUAUCAAAUGUUGGAAUUUUCUCCUAUCGCUACUGAAUCCAAGUUAGGCACUGCCAUGAAGAGGAUGCUUUUAGUUGGAAACCUGUGCUGACAGAGCAGGAAGCUGUUUUGUAGGAACUCACUUGAAAGGUGUCACAUUUUUGUUCCAUCAGAGGUACAACUUCUGUCGAUGACUUCAAGGCUGCUCAAGCAGACCUGGUGUGUUUAAAGAUGCAUAUUGACUGCAAGCUUUUUAUUAUAAGAGCCCUUGGAUAUGCAGUGUAAAUCUGUAAUGAUAUAUAGUGCUACUGGAUAAUAAUGAUCUGAAUGCAUUUUUUCUGCUGUAAAUUUCCCUCAUGUGGCUCCUAUGAUAUGUGUACAUAGACUAUUACCUUUGCACUGAACUGACUAUACUUCAUAAAUGAAGAGCUAAAACAA